AGAACAGUAGAGCAGAAGUCAUCAUGCUGGGCUCCUGGAUCCUACUUGUGUUGUGUGUCUGCCUCCUCUACCUCUUCAUCAGUAUCAAGAGGCCCAAAGAUUUCCCUCCUGGACCACAACCCAUCCCUAUAUUCGGGAACUUGUUUCAGUUUAACAUCAAAAAUCCUCUGAAAGACUUCGAGAAGUUUGCUGAGCAAUAUGGAAACAUUUACAGCCUGUAUAUUGGGACGAAACCGGCCGUCGUUCUAACCGGUUUAAAAGCCAUAAGAGAAGCUCUGGUGAACAAGGCUGCAGAUUUUUCAGGACGUCCACACAACAUGGUUAAGGAUGUAACUGAAGGAAAAGGAAUCAUAAUAGCUGAUUACGGUCCUCAGUGGAAGGAGCAUCGGCGCUUUGCUCUCAUGACCUUAAGGAACUUUGGCUUGGGAAAGCAGUCUAUGGAGAACAGGAUUCAGGGAGAAAUUGAACAUCUUGUUGCAAAAUUGGAGAGAUAUGCUGGAAGUUCCUUGUAUCCUCAGACCUUGUUCCAUGAUGCGGCAUCAAAUAUAAUCUACCUGGUUUUGUUUGGCACUCGCUAUGACUACGGUGACGAAAUACUUAAAGUGUACGUUCGGCUGUAUACCGAAAACGCAAAGCUUGCGAAUGGAACUUGGGCGAUGAUCUAUGAUGCACUUCCUAUGGUCAGGUCCUUGCCCCUUCCCUUCAAAAAAGCCUUUGACAAUUACAAAACGCUUAAAACCUUGACUUUGAAUAUGAUCAACAAGCACAAGACAUCAAGAGUCCCAGGACAACCGAGAGAUUUUGUGGACUGCUAUCUGGAUGAGCUUGAUAAGAAAGACAGCAAAUCGACAUUCAGUGAAGACCAACUUGUGGUGUAUAUUAUGAAUCUGCAUAUAGCUGGAACUGACACCACAUCCAACACGCUCCUUACGACGAUUCUUUACCUCAUGGUCCAUCCGGACAUCCAGAAGAGAUGCCAGCAGGAGAUCGAUGAAGUUCUGGGGAAUAAACCACAGCCCUCUUUCGAGGACAGACACAACAUGCCGUACACACAGGCUACGAUUCACGAGAGUCAGCGCAUCGCCAAUACCGUCCCUCUGAGUGUCUUCCACUGUACCACAAGAGAUACUGAUCUUAUGGGCUACAGCAUCCCAAAAGGAACUAUGAUCAUCCCCAACUUGUCCUCAGUGCUGAGUGAGGAAGGCCAGUGGAAAUUUCCUCAAGAGUUCAACCCAUCAAACUUCCUCAAUGAGCAAGGACAGUUCGAGAAGUCUGAAGCCUUCAUACCGUUUUCUGCAGGGCCUCGUGUGUGUCUCGGAGAAGGUCUGGCUCGCAUGGAGCUCUUCCUUUUCUUGGUGACUCUCCUGCGCCGUUAUGAGUUCCUUUGGCCUGAAGAUGCAGGAGAACCAGAUUUCUCUCCUGUGUUUGGAUUAACAAUUACACCCAAACCAUACAGGAUGGAAGUCAGGCUUAGAAAGCAAGCUGGAGAAAUGUAGAACCGUUAAAUGUGAAAAUAUUAAACAUUUCUUUAUGACUCAGGAAGAAAUGAGUGUGUUUUAACUUGUUGACAGGUGAAAGUUUUUCUAGUAUUAAUGAUUUGUUAGAGUGAAAGUGGUUGUUGGCUGUUUCAGUGUUAAUUAUUUACUUUCUCAUGGGCGUAGAUGUAAAAUAUUAUAUGUUUUUUCGUGAUUAUAUAAAACAGUGAACAGAAACCAGGGCCAAUAAUGGUUAAGCAAGUCAAUUUUCAACCUUAUUACCUUUUACCCAGUUUGACUCGUGUAAACAUAAUUAAAUACUAAUACAAGAAGAAGUGAAAAAGAAUAAUAUGUUUAGGAUGCAGAAAUAAUAAUAACUAGAGUCCAAAUUACUGAUUUGAUGGCUUAAGAUAUUCCUGACAGAUAGUGUUAAUUUUGUCACCUAUUUUUAAUUUAGUCUUAGUCUUAGUCUUGUGCCAAAUGUCCUUGUUAGUUUUAGUCAUAUUUAGUCAUUCACAUAUCUUUUUUUGUUAGUCAGGUUUUAGUCGACUAAAAGUCUCGUCAUUUUAGUCUAGUUUUAGUCAAAAGAAAACUCAAGGUAUCUUAGUCAAGUUUUAGUCGACUAAAAGUCUUUUAAUUUUAGUCUAGUUUUAGUCAAAAAAUUGUAGUCUUUUUUUAAAAUAACACAUUAUUACUGAGAUUAUUACUGAUAAACAUUUCAGUAAAAAAAAGUGUUUCACAUCUCAAACAUUGGUUAAAUGUCAUAAUUACCUGACAAAAUACACUUGUUGAAUGAUUUUUGUUGAAUGCAAAUGUUAAACGUGUCUGGUUUUCACUUUCUGAUUUAGGAGACACAUUCACAAAUGAUGAACCUGUUCUGAAGAGUAUUUUAUUUUAACCAACACAAUUCAAAAGCUGGAGCCCGACAGACUCCGACUGACAACUUAAGUUACAAAGGUUUUUAAAACUGUUUUGGUCGCCUUGUGUCUCAUGUUUCUGUUCAAAUCAGAAAAUUAAAAUAAAUAUACUCAGAAAAACUGAAAAGAACAGGCCAACUUUACUGUGGGCCUAAAAUACAACCUAUUUACAGUCCGCGAAUCACAAAAGUAUCAGUGAGAUGUUGAGAACACUCGUUUAAACAGUGCAUACACUCGAACUUGACCGCAUGUCACACUUUUUACUUUAUUGAUACUGCUUUUAAUCAUAAUGUAAAGACCGGUCAUCGGGACAUAAGCUGUCAUGUACAAUAAAAGAGCCUGCGCAGGGACAGGAAAUAUAAUUUAACACAAAAAGCCUGACUAGACCAGGGGUGGACUUGUGUUCAGGAGUUUUCUUUGAGCGGCGUGUGGACGAUUUGGUUCUACGCACACACUAAACAGCACGAAGCCACGAACUCGUUGUGAAUAUUUUAAAGGCGUAACAGCUGAUGAAAAAGCAGAGACAAUUGUAGACGAAAAUGAAGAGAGAUUUUAUCUUAGUUUUUAUUUUAUACAAAACAUUUUCGUCUCGUCUUUUUUCGUCAACAAUAAUGCGUGUUAAUUUAGUCUUAGUCAGCGUUUUUGGACAGUGGUGCAGUCUUGUCAUCGUCUCGUCUUAGUCAUGAAAAAAAAAGGUUGUUGACGAACAUAUUUCGUCUCGUCUCGUCUGACGAAAUUAACACUACUGACAGAAAGCUUAACUAAGAGACGUCUUGAUGCCAUGCGCCUUCUCAGGAUUUUUUUUUUUGUUGAUGGGGAAGGAGUCUCCUGACUUACUUGCCCCACUUUGGACAUUUGCAACCCUCCUUGCCCCACCUAAAACACCUUUAACCCUCCUUGCUCCACUCUGAACAUCUCUCACCCUUCUUGCCUCAACUCAAAAAUCUCCAACCGUCUUUACACAUUAAAAACAGGCAAUGAUGAAACAUGACACUUCUCUAGUGACCCAGCAGAAAUAUGCUGGGUCAAUGUGCAAUGUCUACAUGAGCUACAUAAAGCAACGGCUCAAUCUUUGAAAGCUUUUUUUUUUUUUACAGCAAUAUCUCUCUCACUCUCACUCACUGAUUUUCUACCGCCUACCCGAACUACCUCGGGUCACGGGGAGCCUGUGCCUAUCUCAGGUGUCAUCGGGCAUCAAGGCAGGAUACACCCUGGACGGAGUGCCAACCCAUCGCAGGGCACACACACACACACACUCUCUCAUUCACUCACGCAAUCACACACUACGGACAAUUUUCCAGAGAUGCCAAUCAACCUACCAUGCAUGUCUUUGGACCAGGGGAGGAAACCGGAGUACCCGGAGGAAACCCCCGAGGCACGGGGAGAACAUGCAAACUCCACACACACAAGGUGGAGGCGGGAAUCGAACCCCCAACCCUGGAGGUGUGAGGCAAAUGUGUUAACCACUAAGCCACCGUGACCCCUUUACAGAAAUAUAUUAAUAUAUAUUAUAUGUUCCCCACAAAAGACUAAACAAAAGUUGGGGUGGGAAUUUUAUUGAAACCUGGCAAACGUACUGGAAAUCUUCCCCCAGCUGUCCUAUGGUUUGACAUUAGAGUAAUAUAUAUUCCACUGAUGUUUGCAUCUGUAUUUAUUUUCAUUUAUCUGUUAAAUUUUAACAUAUAUUGCAUUCAAUAAAAUUCAGUUCAAUUUA